AGGCCCCCCCCCCCUCCACCCUGCGCAAAGUAGAGAGGCCAAUAAUUGCUGCAGCGGCGAUGAGGCCGGUCCUUCUUCUCCUUCUCCUCCUCCUCCUUGCUGUCGUCGUCUCCGCCGAGCCGAAGGUUCCCGCGGUUUACGUCUUCGGCGACUCCACGGCGGACGUCGGCAACAACAACUACUUGCCGGGAGAUGACGCCAAGGCAAACUUCCCUCACUACGGCAUUGAUUUCCCGCACCAGAGGCCGACCGGAAGGUUCAGCAACGGCUACAACGGCGUCGAUUUCAUGGCAAUCCAUAUGGGUUUCCGAAGGAGCCCGCCGCCGUAUCUUUCCAUCGUCAACGAAACCCACACGCCAAUCCUGAGAGGCCUGAGAGGCGUCAACUUUGCGUCUGGUGGAUCCGGAAUUCUCGACACCACAGGGAGCACGAUAACCAUGACAAAGCAAGUACAAGACUUUGCAGCGCUCGCAUCGAACAUCGUGUCGCAUACCAACGCGUCCAGGGCGAAAUAUCUGCUGUCCCGAUCCGUCUUCCUCAUCAGCUCCGGCGGCAACGACGUCUUCGCCUUCUUCUUCGCCACCAACAGCUCUCCCAGCGCUGCCGAGACGCAACAGUUCUACGAUGCCAUGGUGGCUAACUACAGCAUCCAUCUGAAGGCGCUGUAUGAUCUUGGAGCGAGGAAGUUCGCGCUCAUCGACGUGCCGCCCAUCGGGUGCUGUCCGUACUCGAGAAGCCAGCAUCCCUUAGGAGCAUGCAUCGACGGACUCAACGGCUUGGCCAAGGGCGUAAACGACCGAAUCAAGCUUCUCUUGGCCAACCUCUCCUCCAAGUUGGACGGCAUGAGGUACACGAUCGGAAGCUCUUACAACGUCGUUCUCAGCAUGAUUGCCGAUCCCGCGGGCGUCGGGUACAAGGAUGUGAAGAGUGCAUGCUGCGGAGGCGGGAAGCUGGGAGCAGAAGCGGGUUGCUCGCCGAACACCACCUACUGCGGGAACCGCAACCAGUACCUUUUCUGGGAUAGGAUCCACCCGACGCAUGCGACGUCGGCGAGGGCGGGGUUGGCGUUUUACGGUGGCUCCUUGGAGUUUGCUGCUCCCAUCAAUCUGAAGCAGCUGGUGGAGGAGUGAUGAUGGCUCAUCUUUCAUCCAUGUUUCAGGGAAAGAACAGCAAGCAGCAUGUUGUUUCGGAAUAAACAGUGAUAGGAUUAAGAUCGUCACUUUGUUUCUAGCAUGCUAUGCUAUGCUCGGAGAUCUUAUGAUUUCCACUAUCAAUAAAAGCAAUUAAGAGUUAAAAAUUUAAUAGCGAUAA